AUGCGAUCCGCAGUGUUCAAGGCGGCCGCGGCCCCGGCCGGCGGCACCCCCGAGCAGCAGCGCCUGGACUACGAGCGCGCGGCGGCGCUGGGCGGGCCCGAGGACGAGCCCGGGCCGGCCGAGGCGCACUUCCUCCCGCGCCACCGCAAGCUCAAGGAGCCGGGCCCCCCGCUGGCGUCCGCGGCGCCCGCGCCCGCCGCCUCGGCCCACCAGGCCGGCAGCCACCCCGCGCCCGCGCCCGCGCCCGCCCCGGCCGGCUGCGGCGCCAAGGGCCGCGGCUUGCUGCUGCCGGCCGGGGCGGCCCCCGGGCAGCAGGAAGAGAGCUGGGGCGGCUCGGCGCCCUUGCCCUGCCCGCCGCCCGCCUCCAAGCAAGCCGGCGUCGGCGGCGAGCCCGCGGCGGCCGGCGCGGGCUGCAGCCCCCGGCCCAAGUACCAGGCGGUGCUGCCCCUGCACACGGGCUCGCUCGUGGCGGCCACGGAGCCCACGCCCUGGGUCGGCGACCAAGUCGGGGCGGCUCCCCCGGCGGCCACCGCCUCGGACCCGGCGGCCGUCGGGCCCCCGCCGCUCGCGCUCUCCGGGCCGCCCCUCUUGGCGCCCACCGCCGCCGCCAACGCCAACGCCAACGCCGCCGCGGCCGGCAGCCUGGCGGGCAGCGAGGGCCGAUGGAAGAGCCUCAGGAAGAGCCCGCUCGGGGCCGGCGGCGGGGUCGGGGUCGGCGUCGGCGUCGGCUCCGGCGCCUCCAGCCAGGCCGCCUGCCUCAAGCAGAUCCUCCUGCUGCAGCUGGACCUCAUCGAGCAGCAGCAGCAGCAGCUGCAGGCCAAGGAGAAGGAGAUCGAGGAGCUCAAGUCGGAGCGGGACACGCUUGUUGCUCGGAUUGAACGUAUGGAAAGGCGGAUGCAGCUGGUAAAGAAGGAUAACGAGAAGGAAAGGCACAAGCUGUUUCAGGGCUAUGAAACUGAAGAGAGAGAGGAAACGGAGCUCUCUGAGAAAAUUAAACUGGAGUGCCAGCAGGAGCUUGAAACUUCCCAGACUUUGCCUCCCAAGCCUUUCUCAUGUGGGCGGAGUGGAAAGGGACACAAAAGGAAAUCCUCAUUUGGAAGUACAGAAAGAAAGAUUGCUGUUAAAAAGCUGGCUCCUGAAUUUUCAAAAGUCAAAACAAAAACUCCUAAGCACUCUCCUGUUAAAGAGGAACCUUGUGGUUCCUUAUCUGAAACUGUUUGUAAACGUGAAUUGAGGAGCCAAGAAACUCCAGAAAAAACCCGCUCUUCAGUGGACACCCCACCAAGACUCUCCACUCCCCAGAAGGGACCCAGCACCCAUCCCAAGGAGAAAACCUUCUCAAGUGAGAUAGAAGAUUUGCCGUACCUUUCCACCACAGAAAUGUACUUGUGUCGUUGGCACCAGCCUCCCCCAUCACCGUUACCAUUACGGGAAUCCUCUCCAAAGAAGGAGGAGACUGUAGCAAGGUGUCUGAUGCCAUCAAGUGUUGCAGGAGAAACUUCAGUCUUGGCUGUUCCUUCUUGGAGGGACCACUCAGUAGAGCCGCUAAGGGACCCAAAUCCUUCAGAUCUUUUGGAGAACCUGGAUGACAGUGUGUUUUCAAAGCGGCAUGCAAAACUGGAGCUGGAUGAGAAGAGAAGGAAAAGGUGGGAUAUUCAGAGGAUCAGGGAACAAAGAAUUUUACAGCGACUACAGCUCAGAAUGUAUAAAAAGAAAGGAAUUCAGGAAUCUGAGCCUGAGGUUACCUCAUUUUUCCCUGAGCCGGAUGAUGUUGAAAGUUUGAUGAUUACCCCCUUCUUGCCUGUUGUAGCAUUUGGACGACCAUUACCAAAAUUAACUCCACAGAAUUUUGAGUUGCCCUGGUUGGAUGAACGUAGCCGAUGUAGGUUGGAGAUCCAGAAAAAGCAAACACCACACCGGACGUGUAGGAAAUAACUGUGUUGACAAGAACCAUCUAUCUUCAGAUAGUUGUAGCUUGCCAUUCCCAGAGAAUGGCAGAGACCUGUUUAUGUGACCAAUGUCCUUAUGUAUGUUACCGUUCACUGAUAAAUGCCCUUCCAUACGCCCUGAUCUUGGUUUUGUUUGCAUCACUCUUGAUUUCACAAAAACUCUUUUAUUGGGAUAAUUGUGAAUUAUGGAGGGUGUUGGGAUUUCUUUUUCUUUUUGGGGAAAUGAACUCCCAAACUCAGUUUAUAGGAUGGGCAGGUAUGGAAGCAUUGGGGUUUGCUUCUAUACAUUUGCCUUUGUUAAAGGGGUACAAGGGCUCUCUUCAUUUAAUCUUGGGGAAGACAAAGCAGCCCCCACAGUUAGAGCCGUGCCUACAUGGCACUCUUCUUGCCCUGGUAUAUCCUUCCUUAUUGUUUUCAGUAUAGUGAUUUUUACCCUAAAACAAAAACAAAAAAAAAACCUCACUACAAUCUUAAGGACCAGAUGAGGAAUUACAAGAUAAAACAAGUCAUCUUCACAGUUUGGAGAGUUUAUGUGUAAAAAAAAAAACAAAUUUUUUUCCUCAAGAUUUAUUCUGUGACAUGGCCAUAUGAAAAGGGAUAUUUGGUGAUGCUUAUUUUCUUAGUUAAUGGGUAACAAUUUAUUCCUCCACCCCCUCAAAAAAUAAAAUUGUUGUAAAAGAGAA